AUGUUUCUGGCCAAUUCCCCUCAGAUGGGACCCAUUAAGAACAUUCUCAAGGAAAACAGAGAUAGAUUCAGAACAAUCAUCACCAAGUCUUUCCAAACCAUGCAGCAGAAAGUUGAGGAUAUUCUAAGACUCCAGUAUGAACAAAGGCAGAAACUUUAUGAAGAAUAUUCUCUUCAGAUUAUGAAUUUGAAUAGCAAGUUAAACAUGGAUGCAGAUCAAGUCAAGAAACAGGCGGAAAAGCUCUCUAGUAUAUUUACGGAGCAUCGGAUGUUUGUCCUUCAGUCUCUGGUUCUUCAGAAGGAGAGAAUGGAAGAAUUUAAAUCACUCUGUGAACAGUACUUGGAGAAACUUGAGGUGCUGAAGUACUCUGGGGGGAAUUCCGUGGCUGAAGAGCUGAGGCUUCUCAUAGACACCUUGGAGAUAAAACUUCUGACGGUGAAUCGCCAGCAAGAGAGUAUUGCUGCUCGACUGUCUCUCCUGGAUGUGUUACUCUCAUAA